UUGCUUGCAAAUCAGCAGUCGAGUCUGGUGCGCCGCCGAGUCGAGAGCAUGCUGCGGCCCGACCUGCGGGCCCCCGACCGCCCCGCCAACAACCACAUGCAGGAGGGACCCCGCGGCCCGCCCGACCCCACACCUGCCGCCGAGGCACCAGACACUGAUACCGGCGGCGAGGAGGACGUGAGUCUGCCCGACGGGGCCUGUUUCAAGAGGGUCCCGAACCAACCCGGCCAGGAGGACCCCGCACCGACGUCUGCCCGCAUUGUGGCCAGAGCGGCCGAGUACUUGGGUUCGUUCCCCGUCGCUGGAUCAGAGCAGACGACCAGAGCCGAGUACAUCAGGACGCAGCUUACGCAGCUUAGGGGUGUUAGUCGAAGCCGAGCUGUUCUGUUGCUUGUCUCCUUGGCUGGCCUUAAGGUCUGCAGCCCAGAUGGCCAUACAGUGUUGAUGGCGCACGCACUGAGGCGGAUUUCUUUCGCUACCUGUGACUCUUGUCUCUUCAGCUUCCUCGCCAGGGAGCCCAAGGGCCACUUUGCCCUUCAGUACUGCCAUACUUUCAGAACUACCACGGCUCAACAGGCCGAGCAGCUGAGUUCAAUCGUCGGCAAUGCCUUUCGAAUGGCCUACGCGGCCCAGCUGCAGAAGCACACGUCCCCUUUCGGACAGCUAAUCGUCUCACCUCCCGGUCUCACGGCCAAGGAUCCAGCGUGGUCGCCGACGAGGCUUCAGAAAGAUGCGUUGAUUGGCGAGUGCGUUGAAGACUUACAAAAACUCCACAAGAGUGACGACUCUCGCUCUAGUGAGGAGGCUAGUCGGGGUGUGUCGCCGCCACCUCCUCCGGAGCGAUCAGACAGUCUCGGAGGAAAGGCUGAAGAGGAGGAAAAGGCUCUUCUGGCCGCGCCGUGGUUCCAGGCAGGCAUCCCGCGAGAAAUCGCGCUCGAGGUGCUCGCCCAGGAGCCUGUCGGCAGCUUCAUGGUGCGCGAAUCGACGACCAAGAUCGGCUGCUACGCCUUGUCCUUACGAGUGCCGAGGGACUUCCAGCCGUCGGGAAUCGCGCACUACCUCAUCUUGCGCACCAACCGUGGUUAUAGGAUCAAGGGUUUCACGAAGGAGUUCAGUUCAAUGAUGGCCCUCAUCACGCACCACUCGGUAAUGCCAGAGUUGCUGCCGUGUCCGCUGUCGUUGAGUCGGUACAACCCGAGCUUCGCGCGACCGUCGGCCGGCGAGGCAGACGCCGACCCCGACUACAACACGCUGGCCGACUUUCGUCGCAUGAUGGCCGAAUUGGCGUGACCCCCGACUGUGAUGCCGACCGAGACUGACUUCGUUGAUCAGACCCUAGUCCCAACCCGACGGCUGAUGAAUGGAAAAUUUCUUUGUCAAAAACUCUGCGCUGCCGAUGCUGCUUCCAGUAAAGUUUUAUUAUAAAUUCGAAUCAGAGCUGUAGUGUUCUUGGCUUGAGAUUAAUUGAUAAUGAGAAUAUAUUGAAAUAAAAAUUAAAAAUUUAUUACA